CCUCUCAAGAUUGAAUGCGAAGCGACUUCUUCACCUGGCGUGCUCCCGGGAUUCCCCGAAUGGACCAUGAACGUCGGUUUCAAGCAGCCUUACGAUAAAAUGUCCUUCAUUGGCCCGUUUGCCUGGGCUGCAGCGAUGAAUCACUGCUGCAGCAUACGACAGAUCAUUCCCCUCGUCACAACGAUGAAAUACAGUGCAUCGGAUGCAUUGACAACAAAGCUGCCGCUCAUGACAUCAUCACAGGAGCAUCCGUCGAAGCAAAUGCCGCCCGCAGAUACUAUCUGCAAUGUGAUCCCAGUGGCUAUACUGCAGAGGAAAGGCGACCUGAAUUCUGCAAGAAUAGCUUUCCGCAGCACACACUUAGACCAAUUUCGUGCGAAGUACUCAUGGGGAGUUGUGGGCUCGCAUGGGGAAGUGCGCCGACCGGUCAGGCUUGUCAGUGGCCACCCUUCGGAGCAGCCACCUCAUGAAACGACACAAGAUUGCACUCGGUUCGUACGACACAUGACAUCUGGCUGGCUGCUCGGCGCGAGUACCUCGAGGGGAUGUUCAAAUGUGCUCAUUGGCGACGCUUCAGCACGACUACGCGGGAGCCCUGAAUACGAGACUGAAGUGCCAGACAAUGAGCGGAUGGGGUUCACCACGCGCUUCUGCUUGUGCUGCCACAACGCUUGCAACUCUCACUGUAUACGUCCACCGCCACCUGCGCUCGCUCAGCACAAAUGUGCACGGACAAGAGCGACGUGGCUGAAAAACCUCCUCGACGGUCGUCACGACAAGCGCGACAACCUCGACCAAUUGCGGCCCUUCUCAAUGUUUGCCGUCCAUCUGCUCUGCACCGCCGGCUUUCUUGCUGCGAGCGUGAGAUCAGCGUUUCUGGGGCUGGGAAUAGAAACGAGCAGUCGCCUCUUUUGUCCCCGGUUUCUUCCGUGCUCGCUUGCCUGCAAGAUACCGUCGUUGGACGAUUCUGCUAAAAUUGCUUUCGAAGUACGAACUCAGCUGGAUGUUUUUGAUACCAAGAUUCGGCUCGAACCUGGUCAUUUUGCAAAUAUGCAAUGCCCUCACAAGGUGGACUGUGUAGCCACUUCUGGCCCUGGCGCUGUGCCGGAGUACGACCAAUGGACGAUGCACGUGAGCUUCAAGCAGCCUCAUGAUCGACUGUCCUUUGUCGGCCCGUUUGCCUGGGCGGCUGCAAUGAACCACUGCUGCAGUAUACGACAAACCUAUCCUCUCGUAACGACGAUGAAAUACAGAGCUGGCGUAUACGUAUCGGACAAUCGAAUAUUCCAGCUGCAAUGCGAUCCCAGUGGCUAUACAGCAGAGGAAAGGCGACCGGAAUUUUGCAAGAAUAGCUUUCCAAAGCACAGUCUGAGCUCGUUGCCCUCCAGCGCACCCAAGGAAGACGGCUGA